CUCAUGUUUUUUUUUAUUUCCCUUUCUCAUGUCCAGCCUCCUUACGUUUCCUCUCGUUGCAGAGCAAAACCUAAAAGACAUCCUCAUUGGUGGAAAAUCAGGAAAAAACAUCAGCACCACCCCACUUCUGCUUUUCUCCGGGGAAACAGGAACCGAUACCAGCCACGCUCAUGUUUCAGGUUCCUCGCAGACCUCCUUCCUCUGCCAGCUGAAGCGUUUCCUGGGUGCCGUCCUGCCUCGCCAGCACCCCGAGGCUCCUCUGCUCCAGCUGGACUCUUUGAUGUCGCUGCCUCCCCUGAAGCUCGGCUUGACCUCCAGCGAGACCCUGCUGGCAGGAACGAUCAGGUCCUCGGCUCCCACCAUCCUCUCCUUCGCUAAGCGGGGCUCGGCGCUUCCGGUCAAACAUGGAGAGCUGGCCUUGUCUCCUGCUCUGUUGGAGGAGCUCAGGGGGAGGCUGGAGCAGACUGUGGCUCGGAUAUCGGAGAUAAUACGGGAGGAGAAGGUAGCUGAUGGAGCCGUGGAGAGGCUGGAGAGGCUCAGAGAAGUCAGUGAGAUUCAGUUGAAGGAAGCUGCGUCAGGAGAGACUCAGUUCCGAGCGUUUCUCCUGCUGAAGGCCCUCCAUUCAGUGACCUUUUCCUACGACAUGCAGAGACGACUGAGAGCCGGCAGAAAGGGCCGAAACAACCCAGCGGGGGUCAGCGUCUGCGGGCUGAGGAGCCUCACCGUGUCCCUGGAAAGGCACCUGGUCGGCCCGCACACCGCCAACAUCAACAACUGCUACGGCUCCUGUGCUUUCCCCCUGACCAACGCCAACAACCACGCCGUCCUGCUCAACUCCCACAUCGAGAGCAGCAGCGUGGACGAACGGGCGCCGUGCUGUGUUCCUGUGGCCUACGAAGCUCUGGAGGUCAUGGACUGGAACGAACAGGGAACCUACCUGUCCAUUAAACAGGAUAUGAUAGCCAAGGAGUGUGGAUGUCGCUGAGACAGUCUAUAUAUAUAUAUAUAUAUAUAUAUAUAUAUAUAUAUAUAUAUAUAUAUAUAUAUAUAUAUGUAUAUAUAUAUUAGAUUUUACUAGUUUAGUUGAACACUCACUGACCUCUGUCACCUCACUGUCGUUUAUGUGUUGCAUGCAGUAUUUAGACACUAGCUCUAAAUGCACAUUAUUCACAGUUUACUGUCACAGAGAUAGAUGAUGCACAGAAUAGAGUGUUUCUCAUAAUAAUAUAUCAUAAAUAAAGAGAUAAAUUGUCAAACAAACAGUUUUUAUCAUCUUCCACUCUAUGCAAAUAUUCUAUGAAAUAAAAUAAUUCCUUAUAAGGCGCUUGUACUAAUCAUUAAUGUAACUUUAACCCUCCUGUUGUCCUCAUUUACGGGCAGAAAAAAAUAUUGUUCCUGACAAAAAUUCAGCAAAAAAAAUUCCCCAAAUUUAUUUUUAAAAAAUUAGCAAAAUCUUCAGGAAGAAAAUUUCAAAAAUUCCUUAAAAGUUUCCCUUAAAAGUUUUAUUUAAAAAGUUGAUACUGACAAUAUUAGACUGUUUUACACUGUUUGGGUAUAUAUAUAUUUAAAAUUAAUGAUGCUAAAAUCAAGAUUUCAUUUAAUCAUUUUUAAAUAUUCACUACAUAAGAUAAAUAUUUCUUAAAACCAAAGCAAAAAGUACAAGUCCAGAGAGACAAAUUAAAUCGUAUUUGCAUGUUUUGGUGGAAGAGUCAUUUGUUGCAUGCAGUAUUUAUAAACUAGCCGUAAAUGCACAUUAUUCACAGUUUACUUUCACGUGAUGCACAGAUCAAAGUGUUUCUCACACUUAGAAAUAAUCAUUUUUACUGAAGCAAAGAAGAAUUAUUAUCCAAGAAAGAGGUUAAAUGCGAGUUUUAUCAUCUUUCACUCUAUGUAAAUAUUUUGUGAAAUGAAAUAAUUAUUAUCGGGCACGUGUACUAACUAUUAAUGUAAUUUCAAUUAAAUAUUUGAAUAAAAAGUCAUCAUUUAAUCAAAGCAAACCUUUUUAAUCUGUGACAAAGCCACUUAAGAUGACCAUUAUUACUGAACAUGUUGCCCUGUAAGUUAAAGAUUUAUGCUGAUGUCUAUAAAAAGACAAUUUUGCAACGUGUUGAUAGAUGGCAUUACAAAAUUAGGGAUGCUAUAAAGAAUAUUUGACUGGAUAAUUUAAAAAAUGCAUGUCCCAUGAGACAAAUGAAAUCAUAUCUGCAUGUUUUGCUGGAGGACAAAUGUUACUUCAGUUCCAUUUAUUUGCUGCAUGCAAUCUUUUUACAUUAGUUGUAAAUUCACAAUAUUACAGUUUACUUUUGUAUAGAUAAACAAUGCGUGAUGUACAGAAUAAAUCGUUUCUCACACUUAGAAAUAAUCAUGUUUACUGAAGCCAAUAAGAACUGUGUUCCAAGAGUAAAGAUAUAAUGAGAUUGUAGGUUUUAUCAUCUUCCACACCAUGUAAAUAUUUAGUGAAAUAAAAUAUGAGGCACAUGUACUAACUAACUACGCAUAUAACUGAAGUGAAGUAUUUGAAUAAAAGCUCUUUAUCUGGUCAAAGCCAACCUUUUCUCUGCUACAAAGUCACUUAACAUUUCCACUAUCAAUGAAAUUAUUGCCCUCUAAAACGCUGCUGACCAAGUAAAACUAUUUCACAAAGUGCAGGUACAUGACAUUUAAAAACUGGUGACACCAAAGCAACGCGCCUCAUUUUAAAAUAUUUAUUAAAUAUUAUAAAUGCUUUUUCACAAGCCAUCUCCUGACAGACAAACAUUGUUCUCAGCUAUACAAAUAAUGGAUAAAAUCUAGCAUUCUGAAAUAAACUUAAGACCUUCUUUAUCUGCAUCUGUUUGUGGCCCUUCAGGCUCUUUCAUGGUUUAUUCUUUAGCUUUGGGUUUCAGGAUCACUUUGCUGCCCAUCGGCUUUUUCCUUCUUCUUAUCGCUCCGACUUCUUCAGAUCCCCACCACCACAUGAACGUGUCCCACAAGGAAAUCUGGAGGCGGAAAACAGAACAAACGCAGAGACUGAUUCACACAGAAAUGACCCAAAUGCACACAGUAGGAAACACAAUUCUGCUUCUUUUAAUACAUUUAUAUUUGCUGAAUUGUUCUGUUGAACUUGAAAUUAAACCGACGCUUAAACAACUGAAUAAUCCUUCUGCAUGUGAUUUACAAGAAAGCACAUUGAUGCUCUUAUUUCUUUGUAAACAGGGAAUUCUAAACAAACACAAUAUAAAAUAUUUAUAUGACAAGUUGAGGAUUAAAGGUUUGCAUUCCCCACUUACAAUUUUCCUGUUCCAAAAAUGUCUGAGAGAGUUACUAAUGUUUUCUUUUAGUUCCCAAAAUGUUCUUCUUAAAGGUAAAAUAGGGAGAAGACGUUCUAAAAACGUUUGGUGGUAAGAUUGUUUGACCCUUUUGUCCUGAUGUCUUUAAAACUGAAUGUUACACUGAAAACAUCCUUCUUUCAUCAUCAUGUAGUAUAGUAGAAGAUUGUGCGAACGUUCUACAAAUUCUACACUGUGUUCCCUCCACAGCAUGCUCAGAUCAUUGCAGCCAGAAUGUUCCACCGUUGUUCACAUGUCCAAGCACAGGAACGUCUCAUGAAGAACGUUCUGUCAUCUGACAUCUCAAAAACAUCCUGCAAACUGGGGAACAUGCUUCCUUUGCUGUCAUAGUGGAAAUGUUUCAGAGAAGAACGUUCUAUAGCGUGAUCCCUCGACAAAAGAAAACUAAAUGUUGCACCUUUAAUGUGUCACAUCAGAGGAGCAUUCUGUCAGUGAGGCCUCUAAAACAUCUGGAGAACAUUUUACUGAACGUUGGUUUGAGUAUGCUCCUCUUUCAUCAAUGUGGAACAUCAUCUGUGUUUCUAACAACAUCCUCUGAAUUUGAAAUUUGAUCCAAACAUUAAUCAUUAGAACCUGCAGGCAUUUCUAUUCAGUGUUGUGGGAACGUUCCCUGCCGUUCGCUACUGCAGCUCUCAUGGCUGUGCUUUCCUUUUGCAAUUUACCUCCUUUAGGUUUUUUAAUUUACAUUUUAACAAACGGCAGAGCAUCGCCCGGUUACUCUUUCAUCACCACUGCAGGGUCAGUGGCCUACAGAGGCUCAUAAUAAGUUUUAUGGAAGUAAAUAUAACCACACUUGCAGUGACGUAUAACCUAAUAUCUUCAUUUAGAUCACAAAUCAGUCACUUUCUAUUCACCAUUCGAGUCUCUGCUCCAUGGAAAUAGCAGCACCUUAAACCACCUCGUGCAGUUUGUUACACUUUUGUUAAUUUGCACGACUUAACCUCAGUUUUGUCAAGCGGGAGAAAGUAGGUGAAAUUAUUCAAGCUUUCAAAGGCACUGUGAACGCAAAAACUGUUGUUUAAAUCAGGAAAAUUACAAUAAAGUAACGAUGGUGCCAGUUUAUGGUCGUCAUUUGUGAGUUGAUUGAAAGUGGAUAUUUGUAAAUUCUCAGCCGAACAAAUGGAUCGACUUAUUUCCUUAUAUUGACAUGAUGUUCUUUAGAGUUUGAUUGUUUAAUAUGAGGCAAAUGAGGCAAAUAUGGUGAAAUAAAUCUACUCGGUGCACUAAAAUAACUGUGCCACAAAAACCUCCUUGAAAUUAAACCUUUAAAGGACUCAGUACAAAAACCGAACGGGUAAGUUAAACAAGGACAGACAAUACCUGAGGUAAUGAACCUUCCUGCAGGCUUCUUACGAACGACCUGAUACCCGUCUCCUCAACAAAGGCAUCCAGAGCUUCUAGAAAAAAACAAUCUUAAAUAAUCUGAAGGCCUGAUUGAUUAAACAUAGAAGGGAGAGUUAAAAUGAGAAUAAAAGCGAUAAUGAAAAUAUUACAAAAAAGCUAAAAUCACUCUUACAAGCAGAAGCACAGGAUCUUUGUAUUGUGUAUGCUGCAUAUUACUGCAGUAAAACUUUCUUUAAUCUAUAUAAUAAUCAUUUAUUGCAUUUAUUUGCUUUCCUGCAGGUAAAGUGACUGAACAUGAGAAGCAGAACUCACCAUGGACUUCAUUAACUCCGGAGCUCACCAGCAGAACAACCAGAGCCAGAACUAUGCAGCGGUUCAUCGUGAAUCCCUUCCAUGGAUUUGGAACAUCGCUCAAGCUUUCGAUUGACAGAAUCCGGUCAUAAGACACUUGAAAAAGACGCAAACAAACCUCAUGUACUGACUGUAGUUUCCACAGAGCUCAUUCUUAUAGUUUUUUAGGGUUAAUAUUUGUCUUACUUGUGUUUCAGAUGGUCCAAUUCCAGCUUCGAAAGCAGGUUUGAGUUGUGACCUGGAUCCAAACUGAAGCUGCAACGUGAAAAUUUCAGUUUUUGUACAGUACAUUUUGCUAAUUAUAGGUGUCUCUACUGCACAGUCUUUCAAACUGCACUGUAAGAAGGCGGCUUAAAAUAGACAGCUGCAGCUCCUCGAGAAACACAAAUAUGAUUCUCAGCUGCUGAGUUGAGUUUUAUAUGAAAUUCUGCAGGGGAAAAAAGAUAAACUUACCUGAUUUGCCCCGUUAGUCGUGACUCACUAAAUAAACGAGUGUUAAUAGAGUUGUGUCGCUGCUGAUUUAUGACGUGAAGAACCAGAGACGGGGUUAAAUACACCCUGCUUUGCUGUUUGAUUGACAUCCACAGAUGUGAGGUGUGGAAAAAAAGGAAAAUGACGUUCAUAGAGUGUACGAACACUGUUCUUUUGAGCAACUGGCCUGUAGUUUGGUGAGAAUUACCAGCAUUAUACUGCAUUUCACUGGUGGGAAACAUUAGGUGCCAGAUGGGAUAAAGAUAAUUAUACUUACUAGACUUGCCUCAGAGGAGAAGGUCUAAACAGAUACCUGGCAGACAGAUCCAUCGCAGCAAUUAAGAGCUAAUUAGUGACUUAAGAUCACCUUGACAGUGCAUCUGUUGAAGGAGGCUGCAGUGUUUUUGAUCUGAUAAUGAGCCUGAGCUACUGUAAGCAAAAAUCCAGCACUGACAGAGUAUGUAAUGUAGUACCAAAAUGGGCUUAAAGUAUCAAAAAUACCUCAGAAAAAGUAGUCAAGUUAUCAGGUUAUCUCGAGGAUGUAAACAACUGGAUGCAACAAAACUUUAACUAAAUAAAGGUAAGCCUGAAAUAAUUCUGUUAGGAAUGCUGGUACUCAGGAUUUACCUUCAAUCCAGUGCACCUGGAUGAGUAAUUACAUUUUUAAUUGACUGAAUUUAUUGUUUAAGACCCAACUUAUUGGUUAUACACAUCUCUGCACAGUCUAGGCCCAAAAUUUUCUAUUAAUUUUGAAAGUAUACUAAAGUAAGUUGUUGUUUUUCCCCGCUGUUUUUAUUUCAUCCAUUUUAUUUUGUAUGAAGACUGGUAUCUCAAUGAAUUUAAAAAUUAAGAUAGAUAGAUAGAUAGAUAGAUAGAUAGAUAGAUAGAUAGAUAGAUAGAUAGAUAGAUAGAUAAUGUACAAAUUAUAGUAUAGAAAACAUGUCAUUUGCAAAGAUUUUUUUUAAAAACAGAAUGUCCAAAUUGACUUGCAUAUCUAAAAUCUUAAUGUAACAAAAACAGAACAAAAAUUAAUUUUACUUUGCUGUUUUUAAUUUUUUUUUCUUUUAUUUAAACAUGUUUCUUUUUGCCUUUGCCUGUAAAGCCCUAACCCCUGUGUAUUAGAUGCUAUAUAGAUACUUAAUAAAUGUUUUUUAACGUG